AUGGAGCAAAACAAUCUGAAUUCUCCAAACUUUCAACUUUUCAUUAUAAUAUUUAAUAUACUGUAUGUGCCAAAGGGCUUUGAGCUUUCUGAAAGAGAAAUGUAUGCAGGCUAUGUUUAUGAUAUUAUCUGUCAUAUAAUUGCUGUCAUUCUUUUUGCAGCUUGCACAGACAAGGAACUGCGAAAUCUUGCGUCCCGUCUAAAAGACUGGUUUGGCAGUCUUCAUGAAGAUGCGAAUCGUGUCAUCAAGCCAACAAGCUCAGAUUCAGCACAAGGCAGAUUCGAUACUAGCAUAUUACCUAUCUGUAAGGAUUCAUUGGGCUGGAUGUUCAACAAACUGGAUAUGAACUAUGACCUUCUUCUUGAUCACUCUGAGAUCAAUGCUAUUUACCUUGAUAAGUAUGAACCAUGCAUUAAACCUCUCUUCAACUCCUGUGACUCCUUCAAAGAUGGAAAGCUUUCCAACAAUGAGUGGUGUUACUGCUUUCAGAAGCCUGGAGGCCUCCCAUGCCAGAAUGAGAUGAACAGAAUUCAAAAGAUGGGCAAAGGGAAGAACUUGCUGGGUACCUUCAUCCCCCGCUGCAAUGAAGAAGGCUAUUACAAAGCAACUCAGUGUCAUGGAAGUACUGGCCAAUGUUGGUGUGUGGAUAAGUAUGGAAAUGAGAUUGCUGGCUCUAGGAAGCAAGGGACAGUAAGCUGUGAAGAAGAACAAGAAACCUCAGGGGAUUUUGGUAGUGGUGGAUCAGUGUUAUUGUUGGAUGACCUGGAAGAAGUACAUGAAGAAGCAAAAAAGGACAAACAGAAGAUACAUGUAAGAGCAACCAACGAGGAUGAUGAAGAUGAAGAUGAUGACAAGGAUGAUGAAAUUGGGUAUAUAUGGUAGUUCCCAUAACUCUGAGGACUCAUGUUUUGCACAAUAUCACAAUUCAUUUUGUAUCUCCGCAGAGAUAAUGGAAACAUCUGGCAUCACACAGUCAAUAACUGUUAUGGGCCUCCCAGUAGGCACACGGAUCUCCUUCCCAAUUGGGCUUUCCUUUUACUUUACUGGUAGCCACACAGCCACAGGCACGCUGGAGAUCAGCAUGCAUAGCUGAAUCUGUCACUAAAGUGAGCUGGGAAGACCUUUUGCAUGUGGUGCUCCUUCUAUACUUUAUACACACAUGUGCAUUUGGGCUCCUGUGACCACCAUACUGCCAGUAAGGACAAUUCUCUUGCCACUUGAUUUCAUUUUGUAUGCUCUAUAUUAAUUUGGAAAACCACUUUCACUCUCAAAUUCUUCUGCUGUUCGGAAUCACCGCAUGCAUCGUUCUCGUUUGUUUUUCACUUUUUUCAGAGUUAAACCCAUUCAUGCAGAAUAUCAUUUUGAAUAAAACAGAAGGGGGGAGUUGGUCCAGAGUUAGUCUUUUUUUCAUUGUGUCAUUUGCUGUCAGCUACCACUCUGCUUUCUUUUCAGCAGCUAAGGCAGGUGAUCUUUUUCUCUUGCUAUGCAGAACCUGUUAGAAAAGUUCAAAUUGCUUUAGCAUUCUGGCUUGGCUGAAUUAUUUCAUUUCAUCUCCUUCUCACUUUGGCUGAUGUUGUUUUGCAAAAGGAGAACCGAAUGCCAAUAAAACUCAAAGUUCUCCCCACUGACUAAGAGUGUAGAGGACAAGAUCUCAGUUGACCUUUCAACCCAUUAAUCAAUUUUAGUUCAGUUUAAGUUAAUGAAAGUGAUGUUGACUUUUUUUUAAAAAAAAUGUUGAUUUGCAUGCUUACACACGAGGCUCACCUUUCCACUUCUAACAAGAGGAACCUCCUUUUCAAAACACACGAGGAAGCAAUGCUUCGCAAGUGCAUUUCUUUACUUCUUGUUAGUCUUUUUUGCAGACUUGCAAGUCUCAAAUUUGCUUUAAUCAAGUUUGCACUAAUGCUAUGCAAGCUUCUCUUUACUUCCAGAAUAACAUACCGAUGGAUUGCUGAAAAUGCUUUUUUUUUCUUUUUUUUCAUUUACUCUAAUGAUUCCUCAUAAGGAAGCACUGAAACUGUCAGAGGCACUAACCAUCAAAAGUAAUAAGCUGUCUUUCUUUUAUUUUAAAUUGUUAAUAUUUAUUUGCUCCAUUUUGGAAGAAAAAUAACCUUAGGCAGUUGUUUCCAUGGUUAAUAUCACUCCUAGUUAACAUCACAAGAGAAACUUACACUCAUGAACCAGAAGAGUGUGAUUAGAAUUAUUCCAUAAACGUCCCUGCAUUUUCCUAUCUCCAUAGCAGCAUCUUAUUGUGCUCAAUUGCCAUUCAUUGUGGGAAAAUAAAUGUGCUACUGCAGAUAUUUUAUUAUGUUUGAUGUCCACAUAAUGACCAAACUUAAUGGGCGUGGAGGAAGAGCUGGGGCAACAACCAAUGCAUUUAUAAUGUGCCCAUUUUUUCUUAUUAAAUACAAGGAAAUCAACUACUACAUACAUCUUUUAAAUUCUGCAAAAACUAAGGGCCAUCUCUGCUUUAGUCUGCUUGAUCCUCAGUCUUAACACUAAAGACAAAUGCAAAAAUAUUUAUAUUCUAAGGCAAAUUAAAAAAGAAAGAAAAGUGUAUAUUAAAGAUACUACUUCUUUGGUAUAAAUUUCUAAUAUUUUUUCUACAUAACUACAAAAUGGCAUCUACCCACAGAUCAUUACUUGUUCUAUUACAACUUGGCUUAUUUAUGCCUUUUGCUUCUGGCACGAUGUAGUCUGAGUUGCUUUUCAACGAAAGUUAUACAAAAUGGCCUGAAAAUGAAUCCUUCAAAAUAAUGCCAAAUGUGAGAGCUUAAUAUUACAUUUUUCACAUUGUUUAACUCCUCCCAGAGAGAGCAAUCCAAAAUAAUUGGCCAGCAGAAAAGGUACUUCCGAGACAGAACCUUUUUCUGAAAUUUUUCCCACAAAGAUUUCUAGUAUUUUACUGCACAUUUUGGGCUUUGAUAUUUGAUUCCUAGGGUUAUUUGAUAUUUGACUCCUAAGGAAUCAAAUUUCUACUAUCUAUCUUCUACUGUGGAGCCCCAAUAAAGAAAUUCAAAUAGCAGCUUUGAUUUUUUUUAAAGCAACACUUUAUCUAUAGCAACCCAAACUAUGAUGUGUGCUGUUACAUUUAAUAUAACAUACAAUGAAGCCAUUGGGCUCUGCCCUAACUGCCAUUUGGCCUCUGCCUAUAGCCAAUAAUGUCCAUUGGAGAUUUGUACAGAUCUCCCUAGCAGAUAAACUGUUAAUCUAAUUUUCUCUUUCCCAGCCCUACCACUCUUUCAAAAAAAAAAAAAAAAAGCCAUGAAACUACAAUCCUUUAGAAGAGAUGCAACCAGUAGCAGCUGAUGGUAAAAGUUAUAUUGUUGGCUACAUCAGCAGUGAGUACUGGGUCAAACCUUGGAGCAUUGGAAAGCUAUUACAUGUUGCUAUCACCUUCUCAUUCCAAUGCUGUAACACAUCACACUUGUAAGGUACUUCGGAAAACCAAACCAUGAGAUAUUUUUCCUGGACUUGUGCUUAAAGUUCUGUAAAAUUAAUGAGGUUUGCUCCCAAAGAAAAGUGAUGUUAAGUGCAAUGUACAAUAUGAAUUGCACUUGCCAUAGUGUUUAGAUUUGGCUGCAGAGCUAUUAAAGAAAAGUCAAAAGCCAGUUGGAAGCUGUAAUAUAAUGCCCACUUUUCAUUCUUACCCGAUUAAAGGUAAGGUUUCUCCUUAAUAAAGCUCCUAGAAAUCACCUUCCCUUUAGGUGCAAUGAAAUGCUGUCUGUUACACACUGGAAAGUAACUGACAUUUAGCUUUAUUUUCAACCCAAACAGUAACUUGGGAGAAACUUUUUGAGAGGGUUUGCAUAUGUGUAUGUGCAUGUUUGUUUGAUGUCCCCCGUUGCUGACUAUUGAAUCAGUGAUUUUUAAGAUUUUUAAGAAGAGACUAGACAGUCACUUGUCUGAAAUGGUAUAGGUUUUCCUGCUUGAGUAGGGGGCUGGACUAGAAGACCUCCAAGGUCCCUUCCAACUCUUUCUAUUCUGUUCUGUUCUGUUCUGAUUGCUCCUAUUUGACUAGCAUUCACCUCUGCAACUCACAGGAAAUUCUAUUUAAAUCCUAUAAUAAAGUUCCCACUGAUUUAAAAUGGAUGUAGUAGACAUUUCUUUCAGAAAUAAAACACUCUAAUCCGAAACGUUUAAUAAAUACAAAUCAGGAGAUUGGUUGGGUUUAAAUGUCAUAUUAACAGUACAUUUCAUCUGAUUAUAGACUUGUACAAAAACAGAGUUUGUUUAUCUUCUUAUUUCUUCAAAAUUUGUAAUCCAUCUGUUGAUCCCACAGAAUUAGGGUAAUACAGUUUUCGUUUGUAUGUGGUACCUCUGUGCAUUUAAAGUUGCCAACAUAUGGUGGUGUACAAUUUGUUGAAGAGGUGUUUGAAAUGUUUUCCCUGAAAUAUAAUAUCCUAACUAAACUAUGGCAAAAGAUGUGAACAUUAUAAAGGAGAAAGUCAUUUCAUAUAUGCUACGUACAAAUGAAAUGUAACUGACAACCUCCUUAGUUUUAAGAACAUAUAUAAAAUAAAAUCUUAAGGACUUGCCCUGGUCCAUCUUCAUUUUGUCUGUACCUGCAAACUGUGAUCAUUGUCCUGUUUGUGAUUUCCUCUCAUAUGAUUUCCUGUUUGUCUAGAGCAGACUUUAAGACUUGUGGACUUCAACUCCCAUGGAAUGGUUGGCUGAGGAAUUCUGGGAGUUGAAGUUCGCGAAUCUUAAAGUUGCCAAGAUUGGAAACCCUUGGGUAGAGAAAACAUUUUAAGCUUGGAAAGUGGGCAAGAUUUCAAGAGUGUGUUAUAAGCCAUCAUGGACUUAUUAAUUUUAGGUGGGAACUUGCAGGAACUACAGCUAUAAUUAUAUUAAUUUAUCAGUGGCAUGUAAAGGAAAGACUAAGACUUGGUAGCCCCAUGACAGCCAAAGAAACAGAAUAGAACUGUGCCUUUGGAGGAACUGAAAAGCGGCAGCAUAAUUUCCUAGUCAUUGUCACGUGGAAUACUCGCUUCAUUAGAAAACAAUAAACAUAAGCUUUUGGAGAAAGGGACAAGAGAAUAAAACUACACAGGAUAAUCUAAGCAAGCCUUAUAACCUAUUAUUCCUCUGCAAAAUUGUGCAAAACUAGAACAAGUCCAAACCCAAAGCCAUGGCAGCAUCUCUGAUUUUCCUAUCAAGCCAGAGAAUGCAGCAAUUCAUUUUUCAUUAAAUUGCUGAGGGGAAAAUAAUAAUAAUUAACUACUAUUUUGUCUUACCAAACCAAUAAUAGGCCUCCUGUCCUAGCUUCUCUUUAAAAAAAAUUACUUUGUAGCUUUUCAUGGAUUGAACUGCUACCGGACAAAAGAUAACAAUGGUGUUUGGCUAUGCAUAUAACCAGAACACAAAUUGGGUUAUUUUGUACUACAUUAUAUUCAAUUUUGAUACAGUGAUAUGAACCAGCAGCUGGUUCAAAGAGAUUAUAAUCAACAGCAAUCUGUGUUGAAGACCAAGCCAUAUUGUGGACUUGUCUCUAAACAUGCAGCUUCCAUUCCAUUGUUUUAUGAAUUGUCUUUUUAGAAGAUAUAUACUCUCCCUUUUAAUAUUCUCAUUGUUUCUCAUCCAUGCUAAACUUAUUGUCGACACUGUCAGUUUUUCUUGUAAUCAGCUAUUGGAGUUUCCACUACUACCUCAUAUAUCCCACCCACCCACCUCAUCCAUCCAUUUACAAUGUGACUGCCCAAGUACCAUCAUUUUAACAGGAAGAUCCUCAUCUUCAGAAGUUGUACAUCUUCCAUGUUGCUGCCUAUCAGGAUAUCUGCAUCACAGCACUUAUUCAUUUUUGCCCAGAUAAUUCUUUCCUUCUAGAUAGGAAAUGCUAACUUCAGCAGAUGACCAUUUUCUCCAAUGUGUACGUGCAUAGAGGAACAGUACUGAAAAUCAAUUAACUUUAGACAUAUUUGAAGAGCCACAGUCUUCUAUUCUAACCUUUAAUAACCUAAAUGGUCCUGAACUUGGUUACAACAGAAGAUAUGCAAAGCAUACUUAUCUAAUCAUGGGAGGGAGCAACUAUUGCAGGUAUAUAAGUGGCAUUCAUUACUUUAGCGACUAUAGCAUCUAAGAACAAGAGGAAAAACUAAACAGUUUUAACAAUCACUAGAUCCCAGAGAUUAGAAUUUUGAUUUACUUUCAUCUGAAGCCUUUCUUCCAUUCGCUAGUUCAGUGGCAUCACCUGGUACUAUAACUAGAUAAAAGAAGCUCCAAUGUGUAUUUCACAUUGAUGCCAAUGGGAAACCUGAUUCUUAGAUAGAAUUGUUGUGACUUUAGGCCUUUCCUAUUUCCAGCCAACACUUAAAACACAAGGAUUUUCCACUUAUCAUACUGGAUUCUUGAUUUGCACUGUGACAAGAUUUUCCUUUUUGCAGUUUUAAUUGUAUUUUAGUGAUUAAUAUCACAAUAAAAAACAUGAUAUAACAUAAUCUAAUACAUUAUAUAAUGGAGAACAGACGCAUCUAUAGAAACCUUGCCUAAAUAGUUAGAACAGCAUCUGCAUUAUUAUAGUUGGAUUAUUAUGACUAUUUUGGCAUUCUGAAGCCGAAAGUAUGGUUUUUGCCCAAAGUUUAUUGCCAUCUACUGAACUGGUUUUAUGAAUGGAUAAGCACCCAGAAUGGAAUUCAGUAUAAUAAUUUAGACAAAUGUUAAUAAAGAUUAUGCCUGCUAUUUCAAUGUAUACAAAAGCAAUAUUUAGAAACCAUCUUCAUUAAAAAAAAAUGCAAUAGCAAAAAAAAAACCCCUUUAAAUUAAGUCUGGUGCUUUUUUGGCAAAAUUAACAGAGUAAAAAGUCUUCCUAGAAAGCAAAUCUCAUAAUCUAAUUGAAUGAUUUUAGGAGGUAUAAAUUAUAUGAUCAACACUGAUUAUUAGAAUUAUUAGUACUCUAUUUGUUCAUAAUUAAUACCUACUUUUAAAUGGUUAAUGCAAGCUCCAUUAAAAUCAUGAUAUAAGAACUCUUACUGUGGCCUUUUGCCCUCUUGUUUGAAACUAUGCUUCUAAAAAGGAUUUUAGUUCAUUAAAAUAAUAAAUAAAUGAGUUCUUUAAUUCUGCAUAAGGCAGAGCCACCAAUAUUAUACCCUACAGCAAAAUUGAGUAUUCUGUUUCUCCCAUUGGGCAACAGAAAGCUAUUUAACUUGCCCCCAGCUUCAUUUAAUUUCUGUUUCCCUUAAAAUAUUCCAUUUUUCUUCGACUCAUUGACCUUCCCAAAAUUAGAAAGCUGACAACUCCCAUAUAAAAAAAAAAGAACCAGGGCAGUCCAGAAAUACUCAAACCUAUUAGUCCCUCUGUGUAAAUGGAGCCAUUUUGAAAUAUGGAAGCUUUUAGGGCUGCUGCCUUAUUUUGUUACAUUAUCUUUACUAAAAGAAUCAUUAUGGUUUCACGUUGCAUUUCACGUGCUGUUCCCACAAAACAGAGCUUUGGUUCAUUGGUUCACAGCCUCCUCUGAAAUUCUGCAUAGGUUGUAUCCAAGAUGAAAAGCUCAGAUGCCAAUAUUGAUAUUUUCAUUUAGCAACUGCCUCGUUUAGUGACAGUUUGAAUUAUGAUGAAAAAAUAACUUUAUGACCAAUCGUAACAUUUUACGAUCUCCAGAAGUCUGUAAAGCAAAGGGAAGCAGAAGAUAAUAAGCACAGUCACAGUUUCACUAAGUGACUGAAUCGCUUAACACCAAGUUGUUCCUAAAUGAGGACUGCCUUUGAACUGAUAGACAGGGAUAUUUUGACAGUUGCUUUCUUCCCCUGUUACAACAGGUUGAGGGAUUCCUCGGGCAGCAGGAGGAAUAUGCUGGGAAUUGCAGAGGGAAAGGCCCUGAGCAAAUUCUGCUUAGGAUAACUCUUGAAGGUGACAGAAAAUGCUGGAGGGAAGCUGGUGUUGCCACCUUAACACAGAAUUCAGUAUGGAGAUACAUAAGAGAUGAGCCUAUGCAUGAUAAAACUUCUCACAUAGAGCCUCAUGAGCUUCUUAAGUAAGGAUGUGCAGGAGCAAACUGUUCCUCUUUGCUGAAUUCUUCAUCUAUCCAUUUCAUAUUUAUUCUUAUAGUUCGUAUUUCCCAUCCAGGACUCAUCUAUAAAAUAAUACAUUUAUUGGUUUCUUUGGUUUCACUUUUGUUACAGAGAUUUGGAUACUAAUAUUCUUUAAGCAGCAAAUGAUGUGGGGCACAAUCCAACAAUAAGAAAUAACUCACACCUGUUAGCACAUGGCAAAGUUAUGUGUAUGCUUUUUUCCCCUCCUACAAUAGGCUUAAUAGGCUUACCCUUAGCUUGAUGAUACAUAAUAAAUCCUGGAUUCUCACUGCCAUCAAAGCAUUUGAAAUCUCACCUUUUUUCUCUAAGUUUGUUGCUUUCCCAGCUCUCCUUUCUUUCUGUCAUUCAAUUUGCUUUAACCACACUGAAUGUCUAAGUCAUAAGCAUCUAAGAGCCCUUUCUACAGUGCAUGGUACUUGGUCUUCUUAUACUUUUCUCAAUGCUGCUGACAUCUGUUACUGCUUAAUGUGUAGCGUUGUAAGGAGAGGUCCAAAUAUUAAGUGUUUCAGUUUCAUGUCCCUAACUGUAGAUGGAAUGUACAAAUAUCAUGGUUAGAGUAGUCUAGUAAAUUUUGAAUGCUUUUUCCCUAUGAAAACUUAAAAGGAAUGUGAAUAUUUUGCUGAUUUCCUUGGUUAAUUGUAAAUGCUGAAUUGUAGUCCAAAGUAGUUGCAUUUUUGUCUGUCUUAAUAAAUUUUGAUUUGUCCGCGA